AUGGCUAUAAUGUUAUUACCUUCUAACUUAAGGGCGAUUAGGAUAAAGAGAAAAUUCCUAGUAGGGAUAUUCCCAUUUAACCUUAACAUCUUCUAUAUCCUAGGAACCUUAAAUAUUGUACCUAACGAACUGGUGCUUAGUGAUAAGUUUAGGGCUAGGAUCAUUACUAGCUAUUCUAAGGACCUACCGACCGUCGGGACCCUCUGGUCACUCGAAGGCCACGCCCUAGCAGAUACGCUCUAUACCGUAACAUGCAAGUUUAGCAAGAAGAAGCUACUAGUAGCAGGCCGCCGGAUAUAUACGGCCAAGGAAUGGGCAACCGUUCUUCUAAGGACCUAG